AAAUUUGUCUCCCUGUAACUGAAGAAAACAGAACUUUGAAUGGUAUACUUCCGGGAAAAAAAGUUUUGGAUCCCUAUUCCAAAGAAAUAAUUCCCAGUUAUGACUGGUUCCAGACAGAAGAUUCAGUCACUGUGGUAAUAUACACUAAACAAAAGGAUGUGGAUUCUGAAUCGGUGAUAGCAGAUGUUCAGGAACGUACAUUAAGAGGAGAAAUAAUUGUGAAAGACUUCUCUUACCUUAUACAUGUUGAACUGAGUUACGCAGUUUAUGAAGAUAUAAUAGUACAGAUUUCUGAAAAAGUGGGAAAAGUGGAAUUUGUCUUGAAGAAGAAAGAAAAUUUGUCCUGGAAAAAACUCGGGCAGCCUCUAAAGCGCCAUAAUUCUUUUGUCAAAUGUACAGAUAGAGGUAAUACAUUUUAUUGUUCUGCUCAAAGUUCAUUUCUAUUAUGGGUUGUUCUUUUGCACGGUCUUUCUUUAGGUACAGAGAUAGUCAAGCCUUACACACCAAUAUUGUCUUGCUUGGUAUCACCAUUCAAAAUCUCCUCUUCCAAUGAUAAAGCACAAAUAUUUUUUAUGAUUAAAAUUUAUCCUGGAGGACUUUUUACACCGGUGCUUGACACUUUACAAAUAGGAGACUAUAUUUCCUUGAGUAAUCCUCAAGGCAUUUUUAAAACAUCACAACUGGAAGAUGUAGAAGAUUUGUUUUUAUUGGCAGGAGGCACCGGAUUCACACCAAUGGUUAAACUGCUCGAUUAUGCUUUUAGUAAUAGCGCUACCCUCAGGUAUUUUUCUGUUCUAAGACCUAUCAUAAAUGUUUCCUUUUCAUUUGGGUCAUUCAAAGCCUUUUCUUUUUAUUGCUUCGAUAACAUCUGUUUCUAUGUCAUACGUGUCUGGAAUGCAGAAAGCCACCAAUAUGAGGAAAAUUGUGUCUUGUCAGCUGAGAUUACAAUAAAGAAGAGAAGCUCAGCUGGAAGUGGGAAAAGUGCACUGGGACAGGCAAAGAAAAUGCGAGGAUUGCCAUGUUCCCGUUUCAUCCCAACGACAAGUAAUCUCAGGUUUGACAUUCAGUUUGUUCUCUCAGAGCCAAAGAAAAACUGGGCAGGCAAACAAGGAAAAAUCUCCCUCUCUCUGCUUUAUGAAUUUGUGAAAAAGAGUAAACCUGAGUCUAAAAUACUUAUAUGCAUUUGUGGUCCAUUUCCAUUUAUGGAACAAGGAAUACAGUUUUUGCAAACUCUUGGACACUCGGGUAAUGAAGUACAUUGUUUUACCAAAUAACAAAAAGAGAACAUUGGAACUCCUGUACAUAUAUUUUCAUCAUCAUAUUUAUUACUUUCAUUCGAAGUUCGGCAAGAAAAUAUUAUGCAUGAAUAAUGUUCAUUUUAAUAUAAGUACUUGAAUUCUGUAUUUUCGGUCAAGAAAUAAUUUUAUAUUCUGCUUAUUUGUAAUGAUAUUUAUCUUUGCUACAAUGUGAACUGAAAUAUUUUAGAUAAAUUAGCUCAUUUUAUAUGCAUUGAGCAAAAUGGAUUCUAACCUCCAUUGAAUAAGGUUUAGUAGCAUUUGCACUGAUAAGCACCAGAUACCUUUUCUCUUAAGUUAUAAUUUUGUUACUGUAAAACACCUUACUGGCAAUAUAUCAGAAGAGUACAUAUAAAGUGGUUAACUCAGGAAAAAGAUUGGUUACAAUAUAAUCCUAUUAAUAUGAAGCUCUAGUGUUAGAAAUGUUAGCUUUCUGUUCUUACUCACGAUAUAUAAAUUUUAUAUAAUGAAUUACUUUUUGUAUAAGACUAAUAAAGCAAGGAAGUGUUACAUUAAAAAGAAA